AGUAAAGCAGAGGCCAGUCCAAGCUACUGACUGAAGCCUGUUAGAGAUCCCAUGAAAAUUCCCCAAAGGAGUGCAGAGAGUCUUAGGGUGAUGCCAACCUUCUAUUCUGCUGUCGUCUAUCUUCUGCUAGCCGCAGGAUGCUGGAGUGAUGAAGCUUCAGGACUGGGCUGUCACCUGCACUCUUUCAAUGUGACCAUCAAGAGUGACCGCCGAGGUAGCUGUCAUGGCACCUAUAUUGUCCAGGCCUGUGUUGGCUACUGUGAGUCGAGCGCCUUCCCAUCCAAAUACUCUGUUCUCCUGGCCAGCAGCUUCAAGCACAACAUCACCUCAGUUUCCCAGUGCUGCACCAUCGCCAAGAUGCAGAAGAUUAAGGUGUGUCUGCAUUGUGGAGCCAGCUGGCACGAAAAUAUGGAACUCUUCACAGCUAAGACCUGUCAGUGUGAUAUGUGCCGUCUCUCCAGAUAUUAA